UUUUCUUGUGUGUGUACAUAAUCAAAGGGUUUCAGACUAGGAACGCAAUAGUAUCAGACAGGUGAAAGAAACAACUGUACAAUCUGUAUUAUAAUAUUAGUAUAUAAUAAUUAUCUACACUUAUUGGAAUUUAACACUUGGUCUAAAUUACUACAACUUUAAAGAUAUACAGAUUAAAAGCCUUAUGUAUAAAAGAAGCCUAGAAAUCUUCCAAUGUUAUAAGUUGCAAUUUCUGUCCAAAAAAGAUUACAAGACCUGAAAAGACUACUACAAUCCGAACAGAGAGUGGUAAUUGACCUGUCGUUCAACGCACAACAAUCAAAUAUGGAAGAAAUAAACCUUUCAUCAGUUUUGGAAUCCUACAUGACAAGGACACAUGGAUUUCAAUAAUACUCAGUCAAGAUCUGAUCAUUUAUUUACAUCUUUUCGUUGUUGUUGACUGUAUGAUAAAAAAUCUUUUAUUUUUGUACAUGUCUCAUUUGUAAUAUAUCUGUGAUUUAGCAAGUGACAACUGGACAAUAUAAAUAUAUUGACAAUCAAACAUAUUAAAGGAAAAAACAGGAAAUAAUUCUCAAAACAUAUAAUCAAUCAUGGAGAGUUUGAAUGGUUCUGGACAAAAUUUUACAGAGCAAAUAGUGAUAAACAAUGAAUUUGUAGUAUUCAGCGAGAAGUAUUCACAGUACCAUGGGUACAUUAGCAGUUUUAUCUGCUUCUUUGGAGUAGUGUCAAACAUUCUGAACAUAAUUGUUCUAACAAGGAAACACAUGAUCUCUCCAACAAAUUUAAUCCUUACAGCCUUAGCAUUGGCGGACGUCAUGACAAUGUCCGUGUAUUUUGUAUAUGCUUUGUAUUUAUAUGUCUUCACUCUUCCACGUGAAUUAUAUGGACAUUCAAAGGGAUGGAUGUAUUUUGUUGUGGUGAAUAAUCUGGUUGUAAUUACCUGCCAUAAUAUGGCUAUGUGGCUAACCGUUUCCUUGGCAGUUUUUCGGUAUAUCUUUGUUUGUCAUCAUGUGGUGGCAAAUCAGCUAUGCAGUUUAGAAAGAGCAAAAUUGACAAUAGGUAUUGUGGUCGUGGUAACAAUUUUACUGUGCAUACCAAACUAUUUCAUGUACAGAGUGUAUGAACUGGCCGAAUAUCAACCGAACUAUACAGGGUACUGGAUUGAUUUGAGUUUGUUUGCUCAAAACCAUUCAUUAUAUCAACCAAUAACAUUUUGGAUAUACGGAGUCAUCAUCAAAAUUGCUCCAUGUGUCUUACUGACGAUUCUGAGUGCAUGUAUCAUUUGUGCAAUGCAUGAAGCCAGUAAAAGACGUCAGCGCUUGUUACAGCAAGCUGGAAGACACAACGAAGAAACGUCUGCUGAACAUAAUAGGACAACCAUGAUGCUUGUUGCUGUUGUGCUUUUCUUUGUAAUUACAGAAUUCCCACAAGGAAUUUUAGCAGGAAUUAGUGGCUUGAAUCAAAACUUCUUUGAGACAGUAUAUUCCUAUUUAGGAGAUAUAAUGGAUCUUUUAGUGCUUCUGAACAGUGCAAUUAAUUUUAUUCUGUAUUGUAUUAUGAGUCAACAGUUUCGUGACACAUUUACCAAUCUGUUUGUUUGUAAUUUCAUAUCUUUACGGAAUCAACACUCAGCCAAACAAAAUGGAAUGGCUUAUAGUACAGUUAAAACUGAAGUAACUCAAGUUUAAUAAAAUAUUUGGAUAUUCAAAACAUUUUAAGUUUUGCUGUUAAACUGUUUUCCUGAAAUAUGUCUUUCAUACUUAUUUUUUUUUAUUACAUUCAAUCAUGUAGCCUGUUUAUUAUAUACCAUGUAAAUUAUUUUUUUCUUUGUCAUAUGAUGCUUUUCUAAAUUAUGUAGUCAACAGAUCAUUGAAGUUCAACCAGCUUAUAAAAAAACUUAACCUCAGCAACUGAAUUCAUCCAUAUUUAACUUGAGGAACAUAUUUAAAGGUAUCCAGUAUUUCAUAUAUCAUAUGUAGAUAAAAUGUCAUGCUGCAGAGGUAUAACAAUGGUCUUUAUGCUUUGAUAGCUGCCACUGAUGUAAAAUAGCCAUCAAUAAGUCACAAAUUAUAAUCACCAAUAAUUUAGUGUAUUAGUUUAUAUUAAUAAAAUAUGUAUGAAUAAUGUACAUCAAGACAA